AGAUCACCCACAAGAAGAUCCUCGUCACAAGAUUGAAGAUGAUUUCGAAGAGCCGCCGGAUCAAGAAGCGGACCCUGUUGAGUUCGAUAAAUAUGUCUCUGCAAAGGUAUCUUUUAAUGCAGAUGGAAUUGAAACUUUUGGAGUCGUUCAAGGUCGGAAGCGUGACUCAUCUGGAAAAUUGAUUGGUCAUUACCACGAGAAUCCACACCUUGACACAUCUAUCUAUCAAGUGGAGUUCGAGGAUGGAAACGUGGAAAGCUUCUAUGCAAAUCAGAUUAUUGAAGGGAUAAUGACAAAUGUCGAUGAUGAAGGUAACACGAUGUACCGGAUUUGCGAAUUUAUUGAUCAUCAACGUGAUGGACGAGCAGUUAAAGGGGACGACGGAUGGUAUACUACCUCCAACGGUCUCAAGCGUCCACGAAAGACAACUAAAGGAUGGAAAUUAUUAGCUGAAAUGAAAGGUGGAGAAACCGAAUGGCUUGAUCUAUCAGUAGCAAAAGAAGCGUUUCCUAUUGAGGUCGCUGAAUAUGCUGCUGCAAACAAGCUUGUGUCAGAGCCUGCCUUUGCGUGGUUGGUUCCCUACACUUUGAGAAAGCGUGAUCGAGUUAUGAAAGCUGUUAAGCGCCGUGCUGUGAAAAGGCAGAAGCCAGAAAAGUUUGGUAUUGAAGUGCCUGGUCCUGGGCCGAAAGGUGUUGCACGUGCGUAUGAACUUGAUGCUGAGAAUGGUAGCUAG